AUGACAAAACCAUUCCAGCUUCGUAAAAUCUUCAGCGACCUUUACACCCUUUUCCUCUUCACCCAGUCCGACAUCAGGACUGCCUUGCUCCCAGUGACUUUGUUUUCCAUUGCUGCAGCUCCACUGGCCAUCCCCAUUCAGCUGCUCGAGACCACUUUCUGGAUCUGGCUUCACCUGCUACAAUGCAACGUAGCUAACCAGAUCAAAGAACCCGACGAAGACAAAAUCAACAAGCCCUUUAGACCAAUCCCCUCGGGUCGGAUCACUGUAGAGGACGCCACUAUUCUUAGAUGGGCUCUUGUUCCCAUAUGCUUGGUGUACUCCGCUCUCUACAGCAUGGAACUGAUGCAAAUCAGUCUCACUCUCAUGCUGUUCACCGUGUGGUAUAACGAACGCGAUGGGGACAAAGAUUCUUUAUCCAAAAAUUUCUUAACUGCGGUUAUGUACGGCAUAAGCGAGCUUGGUGGUACUCUUGUUGCAGGUCGUGACCGCACUCAAGUCAGCCCAACAGGGCGGAUCGCCGCUGAAAUGACGGUGGCUGUUUUCAUGUCAACCCUCCACGCACAAGACUUUAAGGAUGCCGAUGGUGAUCGUUUAACAGGAAGGCGAACCUUCCCCAUCGCUUAUCCUGUCGCAUCACGUUUUGCAAUUGGACUGGCGAUCCCCCUCUGGUCGAUCUUGCUCACUGUUAUGUGGGAACUUGACCCGCUAUGUGCAAUUGCUUUUGUUGGUUACGGAUGUUACGUCGGAGCCAGGUUCAUGCUUUAUCGCACCGUGCAGGAUGAUAAGUUAUCCUGCAAACACUACUGUGCAUGGUUUUCCAUACACCACCUCUUCCCGGCGUACUGGUACUACCACCACGGCGCCAACCAGUACCCGAACUUGGACUUCGUUGAGAACAUCCUUACCGAUAUACUUCGUAUCGCCGCAUAG